AUGGCGGACGUUCACAUUUUCGGUGACGAGGGAUGUAAACAGCUACCCGCUCUCUUCUCCAAUGGCGUCUUCUACCAAGAUAAUCCCGUCGGCCAUGUCUUCCCCCUUUUCUUACUCCAGAUAGUCCUCAUCGUCUUCACGUCCCACGCCAUCCACCUCGUCCUGCGCCCCCUCAAGCAACCUCGCGUCGUUUCUUACAUGAUUGGUGGAAUACUUUUAGGACCAACAUUUCCGUAUCUACUAACUCGAGCGUUUACCUUGUCUCAUUAUAUAUUCGCCCUCGGUGGCGCGGCACCCAACUACGAGGACGUCAAAGCAGGGUAUUUGGAUGUCGUUUUCCGGGAUGAAGGGGUUUCCUUGCUGCGCACCGUAGCGUAUCUCGGCCUCGACCUGCAUUUCUUCAUGAUCUGUGUCAAGACGAACCCGCGCCAGAUGCUGCAGUUCGGGAAGAAGGCCUUUGUCAUCGCCGUCUCUGCGGUGGUCGUGCCUUUGUUCAUCCUCUCCCAAAUGAAAAGCUUGUUCAAGGUUCAGCGAGGCAUUGUCAUAGAGGGCAUCGGCUCACGCCUAGCCCUCGACUAUAUCAGCAUGGCGGUGAGCAUGACCACGUUUCCUGUGGUGGCCGACAUCCUCUCUGAGCUCCGACUGCUUAACACCGAGCUUGGCCGCCUCACCAUUGCCGCGUCCAUGAUCAACGACAUCGGCACCAGCGCUUGCUUAAUCAUCAGGGCGUUAGUGAGGAAGUGCCUACGAAUGCACCUCAGUUUUCUGGAAGCAGCACAGAAGAUGACGGGCUACAUCUUCUUGGUAGUGCUCCUCGUCUUCGUGUUCGAUCCAUGGGCACGGUUGAUCGUGAGUCGCACCCCGAAGGGUGGCCGCGUCUGGGAGGGGCACAUCUUGAUGAUAAUGCUCGCCGCGUGCGCCAUGGGCGCUUUCAGCGACGCCUUCCUGUUAUCACACUGGGAAGGGCCAGUCUACAUGGGGCUCCUCAUGCCCGACGGGCCGCCGCUGGGGACGGCGCUCUUGGAUCGGGCAAACUUCGUCCCCACGGAGCUGCUGCUUCCGCUCAUCUUCUUGAACGCCGGCAGGUGGAUCGAUUUCACGAUGAUCAACCACCCUACGGUGUUUGUGGGGCUGGUGCUGUACAUGUUUGCAGGGUACGCCGCGAAGGUCCUCGCCGUGAUGGUGCCGGCCAUAUACUGGAACAUAUCGGUUCGCAACGCUGCCAUGCUGGGCCUCAUGCUCAACUUUAAUGGCCUCGGGCAGAUCGCCAGCUACAUGACCUACGCCGAUCAAUAUUCCGAAAAAGCUGUACGUGUGGUGCCGGACACCCAUUAA